GCCAGUCCUUUAAAACAACUAUCUGUGGGCGUUAAAACUGCAUGUGGUUAUAUGAUAGUCUUUUAUGUAAACCUCCAACAGAACUUUUUUUUUUAGUUCUCCCUAUAUUAUUUAAAUCUAUCAUCUUCUUAUCUUAAUCCCACAAAAAGUCUUUGGUGGAGAAAACAAAUCCAUUAAAAUCUUCAUAUAGAUUUCUUUUAUUAUUUUAUCCAUUAGUACCAAAGUCCCUCUCUCUUUCUCGUUGUCUUCUUAGCAAUAGAAUUAUACUUUAAUUCCUCAAAACUUGCUUGGUCCGUAACUCAAAGCUAGAUGCAGUUUUAAUUUUAUUUUCCUUUUCGAAUAUAACCCCCGUUUUUACUUCCCCUCCAUUUGCAAGCUCAUAGACAACUCUCACUAUAGAGAAUUAAUCUUAUAAGAAAAGGAACACAAAACAAACCAAUGGGUGUGGUAACAGAGUCACAGUUCCAUGUUUUGGCGGUUGAUGAUAGUUUCUUUGAUCGGAAAAUGAUAGAGAGAUUGCUGCAAAAGUCUUCCUGUCAAGUAACUACAGUUGAUUCAGGCUCUAAAGCUCUCGAGUUUCUUGGUUUGAGAGAAAGCAAUCAGAAUGACGACCCAAAUGCUACCUCUACAUCACCUGAAGUUGAAAUAAAUCUUAUAAUUACAGAUUACUGUAUGCCUGGCAUCACUGGUUAUGAUUUGCUCAAGAGAGUUAAGGAAUCAGCUGCAUUUAGAAGGAUUCCCGUUGUAAUAAUGUCAUCUGAGAACAUUCCUGCUAGAAUCUCCAGAUGUCUGGAAGAAGGAGCUGAGGAGUUUUUCUUGAAACCAGUAAAGUUAGCUGAUCUCACCAAGUUGAAAUCUCAUAUGAUGAAAACCAAGUUGAAGAAAGAAAGUGAAAAACCAGCAGAAGAAGUGAAACCGGAGAUAGAAGAAGAAGAAGAAUCGCCAGUGAUUGAAAUCUUGACUCUCCAUCAAGAACUUGAAUCCGAACAACAAGAACCAAUGUUGACUAAUAAUAAGAGGAAAGCAAUGGAAGAAGUGAUAUCUACUGGUCGAUCACGUCCUAAAUACAAUGAUAUCACAACAUCAGUCUGACUGGGUGUGAUCUGAUAAGUUUUUUCUCAAAACUUUGCUUCAGAGUUUUUGUUAGGUUAUUUGUAGGAAUGCUUCUUCUGGUAAUUACAGGGUUGCCAUAAAAAUGAAGAGGGGGGGGGGGAUAUAUAUAGGUAGAUGAUGAUAAAGUACUAUUAUCGAGCACAAGAUGGCGUAUUUUCAGCACGUCUGAAAUGUAUAUCAUCACAAACUAGCAAAUAUAUAAUAACA